UACACGCGGUAGGGGACACACUUGCAAGUUGCAGGUCUUUGUGUUUGAGGCUAACCUUACUCACCGAAUGGAGCAUAUUUUAGGCUUUCAUUGAACUUACGAAUCAUUAUUAAGUAGCAAGACUUUAGGAGACCUCAUGUUCUGAAUAGAUCACCAUAGAUCUUUUUUUUUUUUACCGAGGGAAACUUGACUCCUCGGUUAUAUACAAGGAACGAGACCAUUUUUCGGAUGUCUGUCUAGCACAGCACCAUCAGUGCUGUACUAUUUAUUUCCUCGCUAAUUAGCCACGAUGGAUCUCGGUGCCGAACAUUUACAGGUCCCCUCUGAUGAGAGAGACUUUGCUCCAAAACCCUUAGAUUUCAAUGUGACCGGCAAGGAGAGUGCAGAGGCGCAGAGACCCACAUGGAGCGGCCGGCUGGAGUUCAUCCUGGCGUCGGUGGGGUACGCGGUAGGUCUGGGCAACAUCUGGAGGUUCCCCUACCUGUGCUACAGGAGCGGUGGAGGUGCCUUCUUGAUUCCUUAUCUUACCAUGGUGCUCCUGUGUGGCCUUCCUCUGCUCUUCCUGGAGUUUUCUAUUGGGCAGUUUACUCGAUUAGGGCCAGUGCAUGCUCUCGCCAGAAUCUGUCCCUUGUUGAAAGGUGUUGGUCUGGCCACAGUGGUCAUUUCCUUUGUGUUCUCCACAUACUACAAUGUGCUCAUCAGCUGGGCACUGUUUUAUUUCUUCAACUCGUUUGAGGCGACCCUGCCCUGGACUUCCUGCAACAACACCUGGAACGUUGCCGAAAACUGUUCCAGUGGUUACCCCGGCAACACCAGCCACCUGCAGUCUGCCAGCCAACAGUUCUUCGAUCACAGACUUCUGCAGAAAACUAAUAGCAUUGAAGAAAGUGGCGGCAUGUGCUGGGAGCUCUUUGGCUAUCUCAUCUUCUCCUGGGUCAUUGUGUAUUUGUGCAUAUUUAAAGGAAUAAAAUCGACUGGCAAGGUUGUGUAUUUCACUGCUGUUUUCCCGUACUUCAUUCUGUUUGCCCUGCUCAUAAACAAUGUGCAGCUCCCUGGAGCCAAGAACGGUAUCCUCUUCUUUGUGACACCGGUCUGGGGAAAACUGUUUGAAGUAAAGGUUUGGGUAAAUGCAGCGGCCCAGGUGUUUAACUCCAUCGGAAUAGCAUUUGGCUCCAUGAUUUCCAUGGCUAGUUACAACAAGUUCAACAACAACAUCCUCAGGGAUGCUUUGAUUGUCGCGCUUACCAACUCAUUAACUAGUAUCCUGGCUGGGUUUGUGAUCUUCUCAGCUAUUGGCUACAUGGCUCAUAUACAUAACCUCCCGGUGGACAACAUAGCUACGGAUGGUCCUGGCUUGGUGUUUGUUGUGUACCCUGAAGUCCUCUCCACUAUGCCCGUCUGUCAGCUGUGGGCUCCUCUGUUCUUCUUCAUGCUGCUGUGUCUGGGCUUGGACAGCCAGUUCGCCACAGUUGAGGUGGCUAUCACGUUCAUAAAAGAUGAGUUUGGCCCCCAAGUUCUGCGUUUCAUAAAGAGAGAAGAGCUGCUGACCCUGGCUGUGUGCAUCGUUGGCUUCACCCUGGGGAUUCCUCAUGUGACCAAGGGAGGUAUCUACGUGUUUCAGCUGAUGGACCACUACACGGCUGUGGUCUCCCUCGUGUUCUUGGCUUUCUUCGAAGUAGUCGCCGUCUGCUGGAUCUUUGGAGUCCCACGUAUCUCCUUGAUGAUCAGGAGGAUGCAGGGAAAAACUCCAAACAUCUACUUUUGUGUCUGCUGGUGGCUGCUCUGCCCGCUAUUGGUUCUGUGUAUACUGAUCUCCAGCAUUGUCCAGUACACUCCUGCUCACUAUGGGAAGUACUACUAUCCGGGUUGGGCUGAAGGCGUGGGCUGGGGGGUCUCUCUGGUCUCCAUUGUGUGGAUCCCACUUGGAGCCAUUCAAGAGAUCUACAGCAACAAAGGUUCACUUCUUCAGAGAGUUAAAACAGCUAUGAUUACCAAACUAGAUCUGGAUGUUGACUAUGCCCUGACGGAAAAACUGAAGAUUGACAACCUGGCGUCUGACAACUUGAUAACGUCAGUGGCAUGACAAGGAAUGAAACUGUGCCUUUGUUUAUAGACAUACCAAACUCUGUGUUAGGGCUUCUAGUGAUGGCAUAUUUACACUGUCAUACACCAUCUUUAUGUUUGUCGUAACGUUACAAUGUAAUCCUAUUUGUUUUACCAAAUGACUAAAACUUGACUGUACCUUUUGUACAUUUGUAGAACUUUUAAAAACUGAAGCUGCAUUUGACUUCAAAAGCACAUACGGCCUCCGUUGUAGCUUGUACAGAGUGAAGAAGGAAACAGAUUUGAAAAGAGAUUGGAUAUUUUGAACACCAGGUAAAGAUUCAUUUAUUUGAUUUAGUUAUGAGCGAUCGUUUGCCCUGUCCAGAUGAUACAGGGGUUGAUUCCAACCAAAGAUUGACCCUUAAAUUAUUAUAUCCUCCCCUUUAUUUGAUAAAUCAGUAAAAAAAAAGCUAGGUUUAUAUUUGUGUUGUGGUGGUGUUUUAUCUUGCAAUAAGAUUCAAUUAAUGAUCAAUGUUGGAGUCAUUUAGAGGCUUUCUAACUUUUCUUAGCUGAUUACAUAUAAAGAGUCCUCAAGGCCUGUCCUGUUUGAACGUGUUCUAGAAAUUAAGCAGAGAAUGUAAGCCUUAUUUGGCCUUCAUGUUAUCUUUUUGGCCUUAAAAUCCAUAACAUAUUGCUAUUGUGUUGUUAAAUGUAGAGUUCAGACUAUCUUUAUCUGCUUAAAAAGUUGAGAAAGUUCAGCAUUUGCUAGGUAUUCUGAUUUUGGUGAACAGCUCCUGAAGUAGCGAAGAAAAAACUAUUCAAAAUAAAAGUUAGAAAUAACAUCUCCAGCUGUUAGCAGCUGAACAUGUGCUGUUAUCCCCAAAACAUAACAGGAAAAGGUAAAUGGAUAUAUUGACUGUUACCCUUUAACAAGGUGUAAAGUGUUCCAUUUACAUGCACAUCAUGUUCCAGCUGCUGGUGCAAGCUUGCAGACAUUUUAACUUUGAGAAUGUCUUUAGUUGGACCUAAGACUGGAGUUCAGGACAUGUUGAGCCUCUCAAGCCUGAACUACGACACACAUAGCAUCUCAGCCUGAAGAGAUGGAGAUUAAGACACGAAGGUGUUUGAAUAUAUUUAUGCAUUUUAACUUAACAGUGCCUAAACUGCCUUCACAAAAAAUGGCAAACCUUAAACUCACAUAAGUUGAAAGGUUUAAAUAGAAACCAAAAGCAUAAACAGAACAAGUAUUCUCUCAGAAACCCUGAAUUGAAUUUUUUCUAAUGCAAUUUGCUGCAAAUCUCCGGGAGUCUCACUUGUUGGCAGCAAGUUAAUGUUAUGAGUACUGAGCUCAAAGGAGAGUGAAUCUGUCCUGGGAUUUUGUCUACAGAUUGAUAAAUGAGUUUCAAUUAUUUUUCCGCCGUGCGUGUGACAUAUUUUAAUUAUCUUUAAUCAGGCAACUCACAAGAGUUUUAGAGAGAAGUGGUGCCUUUGAUCUGCUUUCACAAAGCUGAACCGGGCUGAGUUCACUUUGGUGGAUACAUCAUUUAUUUCACCUCAAGCUUUAACUUUAUUUUUUUCUUCAAAUGAUUGACCACCUGUCUUGUUGUCUGGGAAGCGUUUAAAGGGAGUUUGAACCAGAUCAACUGAAUGAAAAAAGGGUUUAGUCAGUGUUGGAAGGGUACGCUUUGGGUAAUAUAUAAAGUAGAUGUCUUAUCUCAACUGGAAAUAGAGCCCUGCAUUGUGCUCUUGGCCUUUCCAGUCGUAAUAGAUAGCUUAUCAAACUAACCCUCAUCAGGAGUGCCUUUCAGUCAGACAACUCACGUGUUUCAUUAUUAUGUUUAUUUGAAACAGUAUAUAGUUUGAGUUUGGCGUCUAGGCUCGGGCCUCAUCACUCCACAUAUUACAUAUUAGCAUAGAACAUUGAGUGAUGAUUAGAUAAAUAACCCCCGCGACUGCAGGUGGAAGCUGGGG